AUUUUUAUUUUUUUAUUUUUUAUUUUUUGAAAAACCAUAACAAAAUGGGUUGUGCACAGAGUGCUGAAGACAAGGCGGCGCAAGACCGCAGCAAGCAGAUCGACCAGCAACUCAAGGAAGAUCAGCAGAAGAUGAGCACCGAAGUCAAGCUCCUCCUCCUCGGCGCUGGUGAGUCUGGCAAGUCCACCAUUGUCAAGCAAAUGAAGAUCAUCCACGAGAACGGCUACACAUCGCACGAGUGCGACCAGUUCAAGACUAUCGUCUUCAACAACACGAUCAACUCGAUGCAGGUCAUUCUCCAGGCCAUGGAGUCCCUUGGCAUUAGCUUUGCCAACGAGGAGCUCAAGAAGGACGCCUCGUCCAUCCUCGGUCUUGGUGCUGACUUGGAGAGCGUCACCCUGACCAAGCAGCUUGCAGAGUCCAUCAAGCGCCUGUGGGUGGACAGCGGCGUGCUUGCCUGCUUUGACCGCUCGCGCGAGUACCAGCUCAACGACUCGGCCAAGUACUACUUUGACUCGAUCGACCGCAUUGCUGCCGCGGACUACGUGCCCAACGAGCAGGACGUUCUGCGCACCCGCGUCAAGACCACUGGUAUUGUCGAGUCGCACUUUGACUACCGCGGCUUGCUCUUCAAGCUCUUUGACGUCGGUGGCCAGCGCUCUGAGCGCAAGAAGUGGAUUCACUGCUUUGAGAAUGUCACUGCCAUCAUUUUCUGCGUCGCAUUGAGCGCCUUUGACCAGGUGCUCGCCGAGGACGAGACGAUGAACCGCAUGCAAGAGUCGCUCAAGCUCUUUGACUCGAUCUGCAACAGCAAGUGGUUCUUGAACACUUCGAUCAUCCUCUUCCUCAACAAGCUCGAUCUCUUUGAGGAGAAGAUCAAGAAGUCGUCGCUCAAGAUUGCAUUUAGCGAGUACGAGGGCCCCAACACCUCCGACGAUGCCAAGGAGUUUAUCAAGAACAAGUUUGAAAAGAUGAACCGAUCAACAACGAAGCAAGUCUAUUCGCACUUCACUUGCGCCACCGACACUGGCAACAUUAAGUUUGUGUUUGAUGCCGUCACCGACAUUAUCAUCCAGAACAACUUGCGCGACUGCGGUCUUCUCUAAACAAAGAGGAGCCGAAUGUGCCUCGAUUGUUUCUAGAUUAUGGUCGUUGGGUGUGUGUCUGUGCACUUGCUUGAUUUUGCAUCCCUCCUUUUUUUUCUCUUUUUCUUCUUUUCUUUAUUUGUGUUUGUGUGUGUCUUCGUUUCAUCGGCUUUCUUUUGCGCGAACGUAUCGAAAGCUUCGCUUUUGGGACUAGCGCUUGCGUCCCACAACGAUACGCUUUUUCCGGUGUGUUUGCGAUCAUGUUUGUGUGUUUUUUGUUUUUGCCGUUAAUUGCGCUCUUUGUAAUGGCGUGUGCUGGUUUUUUUUUUUGUUGUUGUUUUCUGUGUGUUUGUUUGCUCGCUUUUUUGCGGCGCUUGUUGCAUCGCUGUGUGUCUAUUCUGAGUAGCUUUGGCUGUGCCAAUCUUGUAUCAAGAAAAAAAAUGAAUUUUUCUCCUUGCC